AUAAAGUAUAUGAAAACAUAAAAAGUAAAAAUCAAAAUUUAGGGAUCCGCCAACCAACUCCUAAUAACAAUCACAUGAUAAACAUGUAUGAAACUUUAAUCUUUGCCGUCUUUUACAUUUCCAUUUUGUUUCUGUUUUCCAGUCGAUCCGAAACUAGACAGGCCUUUGUUGCUACAUGGAAUGUGCCAUCGGAAGUAUGCUCUCAAAAAUUCAACAUUGAGUUUGAUCUCAAACAAUUCAGGAUAGAUAGUAACAAAAAUACAUCAUUCAUGGGAGAAGAAGUGGUUUUGUUUUAUGAACCACUUCCGGGAUUAUAUCCGAAAUAUCUGUCAAAUGGAUCGGCCCUUAACGGCGGAAUCCCACAAAGAGUUCCAUUCGACCACCACUUCCAGAAAGUGGCAAACGACAUCGAUGUUCUUGUUCCCGCCAAAGACUUUUUGGGGAAAGGGGUUAUUGAUUGGGAAAGCUGGAGGCCAAUAUUUGAAAGAAAUACAUACGAACCAGAUAAACUUAUAUACAUCAACGAGUCAAAGAAACUGGCCAAAUCUUUAUACCCGGCUUGGAACUCUACAAUGAUAGGCAAAAUGGCGGAAAUUAUGUUUGAAGAGUCAGCGAGAAAAUUAAUGGAAAAGACGUUGAUGAUAGCCCGAGAUUUACGACCACGUGGUUCGUGGGGGUUUUAUGGUUUCCCCAGAUGUUUCAACUACGAAAAAGAUGAAGAUAAAUGCAGCAAGGAGACGAUGAAAUUCAAUGAUCAACUAAGUUGGUUGUUCCGAGCCAGUAAGUCGCUGUACCCCUCCAUAUAUCUAUCCUCCGAGUUCCCCUCCCCUUCUAGCCGUCAGAAGCGUGUACAAGGGAUCCUGAACGAAACUCUGAGAGUCCAUUCUCGUUUUUCUACAAGCAGUACGCGAAUGUACGCAUACAGUACUUACAGAUACAUGGACAAUGACAUGUUCUAUUCACAGGAGGACCUAAUUAACUCCAUUGGGCAGUCCUUUGACGCUGGGAUGGACGGGGUAAUACUCUGGGAUAGCAGUAAGAACUUCAAAUCUCGGGCGGACUGCCAAAAUGUCAAAGAUUACCUUCAAUUUUCUCUUGGACCUCUCGUAAAAAAAGUCAUCGAUUUUGCCGAGAAAUGCGGUGCGGGUUUGUGCAGUGGACACGGGAAAUGCGUGCGCAAUUCUUGGGUGAAAUCUACCGGACUGCAGUUAUUUCUUGCACAUAGUGUGCAUGUACAUGUAUAUGAUUUUGAAAAUUAUGAAUGUAAAUGUUAUAAAGGAUGGCUUGGUACACAAUGUAACCAACCAAGCUAACAGUUUAGACCAAUAACUUAGCAGCACAUAUACUAGUAUACAACUGUACGCCAUAAACAUAUAUUUACCCCAUUAUUGCAUUAACAUUCAAGCUUUACCAAAAUUCUUCAGAGGAGAAAAUACUCAUUUUAAAAUUCAGCUAGAUUCUUCAAUUAAAAAACCC